AUGAGAGGCUUGUCAGGAUAAGGGAACACAAACACUCAGACAGUGCCAUGCUAGCAUACUUCUAAAGGCAAAGGUCUAGCUAGCUCAACCUUCCAAAAAGAACAUCUCGCGCUUCCCCAGGCUGUUGCACUCGGAACGGGUGCCAGUAGCCACGAAUGAAAGAUCGAAAGAUCCGCUUGUCAGACAGGUUUUCGUUUGGCGAACCCACAAUCCGGAUGCCGGUCUUCCUUUCAAAGCCCGCCGCUUUACCCUUCCUCCAACCCGUUACAGUCGUAGACCUUCUACCACGCAGAUAAGAUACAGAACACAACAACACAGUCCACGCCUUGCUACUAGCUAGCUGAGAACCAGAGACAAAUAAUAGCAACUCUACCAGAAAGGUGAACGAAAACAAGCAAUGCCUCACGUGAGCGAUACGCUUCGCUUCUUGCCUUCGGGCACGGUGAUCUUCCCGGCCGUCAUGACGUGGGCUCCGGGAGACGCCAAGGGAUCUUUCCGUUGGAAUAUUGAUUCGGACUUGGGUGGUCGUCAGUUGACGUUUACGCCUGGAUUCGAAGAUGUGUGGGUGGAAUGGCGGUUCAAACAGCGUGACUUUAAACAGGCAAAGCGCUACGAAAUCACCAUGCGGUAUCAGACGGACGAAGAUCAAGGGGAUGCGGCCAUGUCGUUCAUUCCUCAUGCCAAGAGUUCGGUGCUCGACUUUCCCCUCAAUAUUCCCAGUACAGACGGAAAUUGGUCCUCUCUCAAGUUUGUGUUGGAUCAUGAUGUUGGUGGAUUCAACUCCUAUUCGCUCCGAAUGAAACUCCCGGUCAUCAAGGGAUCCAUGUUCAAUAUUAAGGACUUUACAAUGGCCCCACCUGGCAGUGACGAGACUGGAGAAUACUCUGGUCCCUGGUUCUCGGCUUGGUUUGAUGAAAUCAAAGAAAAGGUAGAGGCAUUGAUGCCCUCGCUCGAAGAUUCUCAGCGCCAAGCUCUACUAGAAGCUGGCAAGAAUUUGCAAGAAGCAACGAAAGACACCUACAACGCUCUUUCGCUGUUGCCCACUGCCUUGGAACUGGAACGCGGCGUUCCCAAAGAACCAGAACCAUUGGCCAUUCAUGAAGCCGUCCAAGAGGCACGACAGGCAUUUUCGGAUGUUGCCACGGACAUUUUGGAUGGAAAACUGGACGACGUCUUGGAAGGACUCGAUCUCGACAACAUGGAAGUGCUGCAAUGGUUGGUAUUUAUUCAGGGAACUCCAACUCGUUUGGGAUCCUAUUGUCACGAAGCAACGGACGAACAAAUCGCCAAUCUCAUCAAGCUCAUGAAGGGAGAAGAUGUUCCAAUACUGAAGCAGAUGAUGCUCUCGGGCGGAGCCAAGGGAGGAAACUACGGAAAGGCUUGCGAAAUAUACAACGAGAUCGGUGCCAAGAUGAACACAGACAAGUCCAUUCUACCAAAGCUUCAAAUGGCCGUUGCCUUGGAACUUUGCGAGCCCUUGGCAAUUUUCGAUACCACCACAGCCGUCGAUGCCGUCGAACGAUACUUUGACUAUGAAAAGGCUUACCUAGACGGGAUGCUGGAUCCUGCCUUUGAACAUUUCUCCGUCUGGGAACUCCGAAUGGUUGUCGACAGCGAUGCCUCGAACGAAGAGCUCAGAUGGUGUAGAGAAUUCAUGUUCACGUACAGACCAGAUAUCUUGUACAUGGGAGACCAGCGAUGGCGCUACAGUAGCAUUGUCAAGACGGACGUUCGUUAUAAACGCCCCGAUUGGACCGCUCAGCCCAGAACGAUGGUCCAAGCGCUUGCUCGAGGAGGCAAAUGCGGGCCCAGGGCGUGGUUUGGUCGCUUCUGUAACAAGGCAUUUGGCAAUCCGACGUGGGGUUUAGUGCAACCUAGUCACGCGGCAUUGGCAAAAUGGACUCCCACAGGCUGGUUGUGUUGCCUGGGAAGCAAUCUUGGAUACUGGCAUGAUCGAGACUAUUUAGAUUUCACGUAUGAGGCGUUCAUGCGCAAGAAAAUGGGAGAUGAGUUCUACUGUCGCAAGGUCGAUAUACUCAUGUGGAUGUUUUUGUUUGAGAAUGGCGGCAAGUCAGAAGGUCUCUGGAAGCACAAACCGGAUACGCCAUGGACCAAUCUGGCGCAGAUUCAACGAAAGCGAUGGGGUGAUACCGGCAAGCCAUUCCCUGUACCCGACAAUUUCCAAUGCGAAGUCAGAACUAAGAUAUCGGACCUCCAGCAACGAGAAGACCCAAAAAACGAAGAAAUGGUCUUCCAAGACGACGGAACCAUUAUCGUACCCGCGUCGGCCCAUGAAGGACAAAAGGCUGUUACCUUUGCCAAGUGUUUGGAGGGCGGCAAGCAGUUCAAUGUUGGAGAAAUGUGGUGGAUCGAAUACAAAAUCCCUGGUGAUAAGUUACCAAGCGAUCGCAAGAGGUUCAAGUUGACGGUUCGGGUUGCCAGCACACACGAUGAAGAUCCCAACCCGUUUCAAUGCAUCGUGACAUCGGCGCAUCACUCUGAGAAACCCAUGAGCGAGCAUUCUAUCCCCUUCCCCUACACGAAAGGAUUGUGGGAAGAAACAGAACCAGUAGAGAUCGAACUAGGAGGUGGAGGCGACGAGAGACUAAAGUUUAUGCGCCAAAAGCCUUGCUGGCCUGUCACUGUACGAGAUUUCAAGCUCACCCCAGCCUGAGCAUCGUGGCAUACCAAACAGGUUUCGUAGCCCACCACAUUAAUUUUAAAAGAAUACAGUUAUGAUAAUUAGUCGAGGCAACGGAACUUUCAGAAGCUUUGAUUUUCAGAGGCCUUGAUUUAGCUAGAGACUUGCGUCAAUGGUCCUUUGCCUUCUUCUCUCAACGCCCGAACUUGUUGUAAUCCACCGAGUGAGUCAACUUCGCUCCAGGGAACGAGCUUACCCGACAGUACGUACCGGUACCGUUUCCAUGUCGCACUUCUCAAGCUCCAAGUGGCCGUUCAAGGCAGGCAGAUAGUAUGUAUCUUCAUCACGGGCAUCAUCAUCUGCAUGAGUAUUACAGGUUUCCUCGUUUGUUCCCUUACUAGAGAUCCUUUUUGCCUGGACUGGAGCCCGCCUGAGAGCCUCUCAGGGGUGCAGUUUCCAAGUUCUCACCAAUAGAAGCAUUCCUGUGGACUUCAGGGCCCAUCCUGGGUUACUGGUACUGGCAUCCUUUCAAUGGGCCCGCUCCAAACUGCACCUACGCCCCUACUUUGCAGCAGUGGAUAUCCCCAGGAGUAACCAUUUCCAGGGCCUACUUGAGGAUUUGCCAAUGUCCCCUACCGUAUCUCUAGUAGGUGUUCCAGCCAACGCAGUGCCAACUCAAACUGAAGCGCCGCAUGUGCAUGCAUCCCAAGGAAAUCCGUUGUCUCUUGCUGGCUGAUACGGUAUUACCUGUACCCCGAACAUGAUUUGGAUGAAAAUGUUUCUAAAAUUUUGAUUUGAUGCGUAUUAAUUUUAAAGAACAAAAUAGCUUGGAUACCAGCUAGCUAGUAUUAGCUAGUUUAGACACUAAACUGUAAAAUUUGGGGGGGGGGGUAGUCU